CCCAGGUUGUCAGACACGAGACAAACAGACAACUUGUUUAGACGUCUGUCAUGUUUUGUGUCAAUUAUGUCACCCACAUGUAAACAUCUGGUGAUAUUCAAUUAAAAAAAGAGAAAUAAAUGCCAGCAAACAUAAAGAAUUUAACGACUGUACACAGCUUCCUUAUCGCUUCGACCAUUAUUGUAUAAAUCUGUGUAUAAUUACUAUUCAGUACAGUUAGUGAACGGAGUGAGUGACGUGUAGCGGACAUAACCUAAAACCGACAACAUGAAAGUGUUCGCGAAAUUGUGUCUCGUCGCCGUUAUUUUCGCCCUUUCGGCGCGUCUAGUCUUUAGUGCUUCCCUCUCUAUUUACGAACAAAAGAAAUACAAACAGUUCCUCGAAGGACAAGGGCUUUAUAAUCCCGAAGACGACGUGAUCGUCCUCACGGUGCACAACUUCAAGUCUCAGGUGAUGAACAGCCCCCAAGCGUGGCUCGUAGAAUUUUAUAACAGCUGGUGCGGGUUCUGCCAGCGCUUCGCCCCCUCGUGGAAGGCUCUGGCGACUGACGUCAAGGGGUGGAGCGACCUGGUGAAAGUUGCCGCCAUUGAUUGCUCAGAGGACGAAAAUACCCCAAUUUGUAGAGAGUACGAGAUCAUGGGGUACCCCACGUUGCGGUACUUCCACGAGGGGUACCAGCCGGGGCCGCAGAACGUGGGGGUGGCCGUACAAAAAGGCGAAGACGUGAUGGAACACCGACGGUUUUUGAUCGAUCGGCUUAUCACAGAGCAGAAGGAACGUAGGGGGGCGCAGUACCCGAAUUUACUGCCGUACACGCAUAACGCGCUGACGUAUCUAUUCGAAGGUGCACCCAAUACAGUCGAGUAUGCUUUUUUGGUGGUCGACAGACCAGGGAGUUAUUUGGGGGCAGCUGUGGCUUUAGAUUUACACAAGACGCAUACUAUUGUGGUGAGAUAUGUUAACAGUAAUCAGACGAAUUUGGCAAAUUUGGGGGUUACCGUUGUCCCUACGGUUAUUGCCAUGGAUAGGAAUCAUCGAAGUGAGAUGUUUACUAUUGUUGAAAGUAGAGACGAAAUCCGAAAUUCGAUUAGCAGGUUUUUGAAUAAUAAGCGCGUUCAAGUCACUGAUGAUACCCCCAGACAAGAAAUUUUCACCGGAAAGUGGCUGGAUGUAAAAGUUCCUGAUAUGGCUACGUUAAUACAGGAGCGUUCAAGACAGGCUUUGAAAGAACGGAUUAAACGUAUGGGGGAUGUUGUGUUCCAGAUGGAUUUGGAAACAGCUUUAAGAUACUCCCUCAAACACGAAGUAGCCACCACUAAGCUAAUCACAGGUGAAAAAUUGCGAGUUUUACGAGCUUACCUCGGCGUUUUACGCAAAUACUUUCCUUUCGGGCGAGGGGGGCAACUUUUCUUAACCGAACUCGCUAUGAAAUUGUCUGAAGAUCCAGUCCAAGGUUCAACGUUAGCUGAAGUGAUUCAAAGAGCCGAACAAGAGGACAGUUUGGUAUUUUCUUCCCCGCAGCAGUGGUUAGCUUGUAGGGGUAGCUCCCCUACGCUCCGCGGCUACCCUUGUGGCUUAUGGAAACUCUUCCAUUACUUGACAGUAAACUCAGCUGAGCAGAAUAUUAACGACCACCACGCGAACCCCCUUGAAGUCUUGGACGUGAUGCACGGCUACGUCAAAAACUUCUUCGGUUGCUACGAUUGCAGCCAACAUUUCCAGGAUAUGGCCGCACGGAGGGAAAUGAGGAACGUGUCUUCGCUCGAUUCCUCGGUUUUGUGGCUGUGGAUGGCGCACAAUGAAGUAAACAAACGUCUUUCGGGCGAUCAGACUGAAGAUCCCGAGUUUCCUAAAGUUCAGUUUCCUUUGAAAGAGAGGUGUCCUGUUUGUCGUAACGGCGACAACACGUGGAAUUUAGUGGAGGUGCUGCGGUACGUGAAACACGUGUACAGUAGUAUAAACGUGAGGUACAUCGGUGCGGACACUACAAUUUUACACGUGGGAUUGGAAGGGAGACCCGCCACUAGUGGAUCCACCAGCAUUUUUAGAGCUUUAGAUAUGACGAGGAUAUAGGAAAAAGCCGUACGUCCAUGACCUAUUGGGUAAGGUGUGACAGUGGCACGCCCCUCCAACUAAGACAACGACGUCACAUGUGAUUUAGUUUAAGUUCCUUUUUGUUUUUGUUAAUUAUUUUACAUCACAUUUGUAAAAAAAUGUUUUUAUUUAACAAAUUUGAUAUAUUGCCAGAGGUGAUCAAUUUAUCAUCUAAUUUAUGUAAAUAUAGAAGUUAUUUUCGGUU